AUGGCUGGUUUCGCUUCCCAGGCCGACGAAGGUUACUCAGAAGACCCCCUGACCGCGAUUUCCGCUUCUGCAUCCUUCUCCCACAAGACGCGCGACGAUUCGGUCUCGGCCCUGAGUUCCUCUCAAGCUGCAUCGGAUUUCCCGGCAUGGAUGCUUCAACAUAUAUCUAACCUCUCCAUUUCUCGCAAGACCGUAGAACACCUCAACCCCAGACUCAACAUCGACUUCAUCCGCUACCUGCCCCCCGAGGUGUGCCUCAAGAUUCUCAGCUUCCUCGACCCCGUCUCGCUCAUCAGCGUUGCGCGCGCAUGUAGAACAUGGUACAGCCUCGCUUUGGAUCGCAAGCUGUGGGAACAGCUGUAUUAUAUGGAGGGCUGGUCUGCAAAACCGAAAGAGAUCGCCGCCUGGGAGAAGAGCAUCAAUGGAGUUCGUCAGGGAGUGUCACGGCGAGUUGACUCGGAAACUGAGGGUCAUGCGCAUAAGAAGCGCGCCAUUACCGUCUCUUCAAACCUCGAUGCUGACAUGGAUAGUGUCAUGCUGGACGCGGGAGCAAUAAAGCAGGAGCCCGCCGAGAUGGACGCGUCAGAAAGCAGUCUGUUUGGCGGACCGACAGGAAGUGCUGACGGUGGUAGCAUCUCACGAAGACUGGAUGAUCUGGAAGUAAAGAGUGUUGGCUCAGGUUCGGGGUCGGCGAAUAAGAGCGCCUCGCUGGACAAGGGCAAAGGGAGGGCACGCUCACCGGAAUCCAGUUCUUCAACGCGAUCCAAAGGCAACUUCUUGGACACAGUACUAGCCACGCCCCUAUCAAGAUUACCGAGAUCCACGCUAUGGGUUCUGGAUGACCACGACCGCAGAUAUAAGCUUAAUUGGAAGCACGUAUACACAAUGCGCCGACGCCUCGAGUCCAACUGGGACCUAGGAAAAUACACAAACUUCCAGCUACCCCAUCCUAAUUAUCCAGAAGAAGGGCAUGGGGAAUGUAUUUACAGUCUGCAGUUUAACCCACAGUAUUUGGUCAGCGGCAGUCGAGACCGGACGAUCAAGGUGUGGGAUUUGGAGACACGGCGCUGCCUCCGCACCUUGUCGCAACAUCGCGGGUCGGUUCUCUGCCUGCAGUUUGACUCUGACCCCGAGGAGGACAUCAUCGUGUCAGGCAGUUCGGACUCGGACGUGAUCAUUUGGAAGUUCUCGACCGGAAAGGUGAUCCAGACACUCAAAACUGCCCACCGGGAAUCUGUACUCAACGUCAAGUUUGACAAACGGAUCCUGGUCACUUGCUCCAAGGAUAAGCUGAUCAAGGUCUUCAACCGCCGACCUCUGCGCGCUGGCGACCUUGGAUACCGGGAGGUGAGCCCCGUGCCCACCACCAUCAACUACGGUUACAACAUCCCUAUGGCUCCCGAGGACCUCCCACAAACUCCGGCUUGGACUUUGAUCGGCGUAUUGGAAGGCCAUAGUGCGGCCGUCAAUGCUGUUCAGAUCCACGACCGGGAAAUUGUGUCUGCAAGCGGUGACCGCCAUAUCAAGGUUUGGGAUUGGCCGACUCAGACAUGCAGCCGCACCAUUGUUGGCCAUACCAAAGGAAUCGCAUGCGUUCAGUACGAUGGCCGGCGAAUUGUCAGCGGUAGCAGUGACCAUGAAGUAAAGGUGUUUGACAGGGCGACAGGUCUGGAGGUAGCGAGCCUUCGUGCGCACUCUGCUUUGGUACGGACGGUUCAAGCUGGAUUUGGAGAUUUGCCCUUCCAGGCCGAAGAUGAUGCGGAGGCGGCAAAGAAGGUGGAUGAGGCUUACUUCAAGGCGCUCGAGGCAGGGUUACUUGACGGCACAGACCGCCCGAAAGCUGGUCGUCGGCAGGGAAAUGCAGGAUCCAGAAGACCGGAGGACAUCUGUGCCUACGGUGCAAAGCUCCCACCUGGAGGCGGAGGGGGCAAAUAUGGCCGGAUCGUCAGUGGCAGUUAUGAUACUAGUAUUAUCAUCUGGCGCCGAGACAAGGAGGGCAUCUGGAAAGACCAGCAGCACCUCAAGCAAGAGGAAGCCGCUGCCGUUGCGGUCAAGCUGGGACGGACAACACUUCCCCCGGUGUCGAAUUUCCUGGACGCUGCUGCUGCGGCGAUCCCUUUACACCCUUCGGUGCGACCGGGUCCCUCGCAACAACCCGGCGGUUCGUCAAGCACGCUCACAGCAAACAAUUCCCUACCAACACAGACCGCGAGCGCACCACCAAGCACAUCGGCCGGGCCUUCAGUACCGCCUCCGAGAUCGGAUAGCGAACAAAUACGGGCGCUAAUCGACGAGGCAAUCCAAGCAGGCGCCCAAGCCUUUACACGCGCCAUCGGCAACCAUCCCAUCAUCUUGACACAGCGACAGUACAUUGAAGGCAAGAUCGACCGAUUGCAGAACGCUGUCACACGGAGUCAGCUUCGACAAGCCUUUUCUGGUGCUUUGAUUAGAGCUCAAUUCGAGCAGACCAGGCUACGACGGGAGGCUCAGCGGAAUGCGGAAGCGAUUGCGGCAGCAACGAACGCACUGACGGGCCCUUCAGCAUCUUCACAACAACACAGAAGCAAUACCGAGCCUGCUCAGGCAUCAUCAUCAUCGUCGUCAUCAGCAGCACCGGCGUUACCGGCAGCUCGGCUGUUGACGGCUAGCCAGCAGCAGGCGGCCGUAGCGUAUCAGGCACAUGCGGAACUGGCUUCUGGGGGACACGGACGUGUGCAUCAGGUACAACUCCCUCCUGCUCCUUCUUCCACCUCCACCCCCACUGCCCCGGCUCCUGCUCCUGUUCCUGCCCCUGUUCCUGUUCAGACAAACCAUCACCCUCAUCAUCACCAUCCACACGUUGCCCAUAAUGCUCCGGUUGAGGGCCACGACGCGGCUAACCCGGCGCGCGUGUUCAAGCUUCAAUAUGAUGCGAGACGGAUCAUUUGCUGCAGUCAGACGAGUGUGAUUGUGGGGUGGGAUUUUUGCAAUGGGGAUAAGGAGUUGGAGCAGGCGGCGCAGUUUUUUGGGCCGGUGGAAUAG